ACAAAAAAAAUCGAUCUCAUGUUAGACGAGAGAAGCUCUGGUUGCUGCAAAUAUGGCUAAUAGGUAAGAGACACAUUUAUUUUUAAUUAUAUUCUUCAAAUGUUGUUAUGAUUUUGUUUAGUAAUUAGUGAGUUUUUUUUUAUGUAGUGAUUUUAGAAUAUUUGAAUUAGUCGUUCGGUGGAAAUCGGAGAAAGUAGAGGAUAAUUUGGGCCUCCAUUUCGUUGGUGGUGGAAGUUUUCAAAUGACGGUGCAAUCCAGGUUGACAUAUCACAAACUUUGUGAGAAUCUAAUUCAUAGAAUACGACGUAGAGACGAAGCAAUGCAAGAUAGUGAUGUGAUCACAGGUUUCACUUAUUGUCUUCUAGAAUGGCAGAAUGGUGUUUUAUUUCAUUAUGCGAUGCCUAUUGUGGAUGAUGAUAUUUUGAAUGCGCUUUGGAAUUUUAUGGCACAAAACCAUUAUUUUUUGGGUGCUGAGAUACAUGCUAAGCUCAGUGAGCAUCAGGGUGAAAAGGAAGAAGAUGAGACAUGGAGCGUGCCAUCCGAUCAUGAUGAUGAUGACGGAGAUGGAGAGGAGGAGGAUGAAGAUGGGGAAGGAGAGCAGUCUAAUUAUCCUCCUUGUUUUUACUUGAUGGGUAAUGAAGAGGACGACGAAUUGUCAUUUGCUUAUUCAUAUGGUGUAAUCCCAAUGCCUAUGGUUGGUGGUUUGAAGGAGAAUUCUACAAGGAGCAAAUAUUUCACUCGAAACAAGCUGCACGGGUGGCGAUUAAACACCACGCACUACAAUGCAACUUUCAGUAUGUCGUGGUGGAGUCAUCAUAGAAUAUCUGGAAGGUUAGAUGCUUGAAGCACAAGGAGGACAAUUGUCCAUGGAUGGUGCCGUUUGGAUGUCAAGAUGUUGGAGGAGAAUGGACUGUGAGAAAGGCCGAGUUGGUGCAUUCUUGUAGCUCUACGACUCAACCGAUGGAUCAUUGCCAUUUUUAUGUCGACGUUAUAUCUGAGUCCGUGAAACAUUUGGUACGUGCCCAACCAAAUCUGAGUGUUCUAACUAUGCAGGCCGAGUUGAAAGAUAAGUUUAAUAUGCAAGUUACGUACAAGAAGGCUUGGUAUGGGAAACAAAGAGCAUUGGAGAAGUUGCAUGGAAAUUGGGAAGAAUCCUACGAUUAUUUGCAAAUAUUCUUGAGGGUGGUAAAGAGAAAAUGCCAACAUCGGCGAUUGAUUGGGUAAGAGUUCCUUCAGCUCAACCAGGUCAUUUGAUCUUUCAGGGAGUAUUCUAGGCUUAUAGAACUUGUAUAGAUUGAUUCAAGAAUUGUCCAUGAGUCAUGGUUGUUGAUGGAAUAUUUCUUACUGGAAAGUAUAAAGGAGUGUUACUCAU